UUUAGAAAAUCUCAGUGCUCGAACUUGUGAGAUUAUGAAACAUUAAUUUCAAAAGCUAUAAGGUGAUCAUUGAUUUUGUAGUUAGUCUCUUAUUUAUAGACUUUCCUUCAACACGAGUUUGCUUACAACAUGUUGAAAUUACUUAGUGAAUUGAUGAGAAUUGCAUUUCUUAUGUCAGCCGUGCAAUGUGACGAACUUACAAUAAGAAAAACAAACAAUGGUCCUGUUGAGGGCAUUAAACAAACAUCAUUACUGGGCAAAAAAUAUUAUGCGUUCAGAGGUAUUCCAUAUGCUGAAGCGCCAAUAACUGGGAAAGAUCCAUACACUGGUGCCGAGGUCGAUCGUAGAUUUAAGGCACCGGAACCACUCAUUCGAAAAUGGACUGACCCACUAAAAGUGCGUAAUUUUGGAUAUAAUUGUGUCCCAUCGUCAACAUUAGUAGGACUACCGGGGAACACUAGUGAAAAUUGUCUCUUUCUUAAUAUUUACGUUCCAGAUGGUGGUGCAGCAAAGAAAACGGUAUUGGUAUAUUUUUAUGGCGGAGCAUUCACAGAAGGAUCUGGACAUUCAAAUACUUACGGUCCUGAUUUUCUGAUUCAUCCCGAUAAUAUAGUAGUAACAUUGAAUUAUCGUACGGGCAUUUUUGGUUUUAUGAAUCUUGGUUUUGGUGAAUACACCGGAAAUAUGGGAUUAAAAGACCAACAAUUGGCUAUGAAAUGGAUUUAUGAAAAUAUCGAACAUUUUUCGGGGAAAAAAGAUGAGAUUUUACUUUUUGGACAAAGUGCUGGCGGUGCAUCAGUGAAUUUCCAUAUGCUAAAUGAAGAGUCGAGAAAGUAUUUCAACCGUGCAUUUUUACUAAGUAGUUCGGCCCUAAAUUAUUAUGCAUUGUACGAGCCAGAUCAUUUGGAAAGAAUGCAAACAUUGUUAAAAAUUCAGGAUAAAAAUAAACUUAUUGAGCACUUGAAGACAGUAGAAACUGAAUCUAUUGCAAAGAUUAUUAAAAUAAGCACUUUUGGGUUGUUUCGAUUGGAAUCGCCAUGGGUUCCGACGAUUGAAAAUUCAGAAGCAAAACGAGCUUUCAUAACAAAGUCUCCGGUUGAUAUCUACCAAUCUAAAAACGCACCAGUGAUGGAUACAAUGUUCAGCUUCACCUCUGAGGAAUACUUAUCGUUCAAUCGUGAACUAGCAAGUAAUACAGAACCAUUUCUCAGUGGAAAUUGGAAUGAAUCACAAUUAUUAUUGCCAUUUGCCGGAUUUGAUCGAGAAACGUAUCCAAAGGAGUACAAAGAGGCUUUUGAUCUAUUGAAGAAAACAUAUUACAAUGAAACAAGUGAUCCUGAUGUGAUAAAGAGUCAAAAUAUCGCUUUGCUUUCGGAUCUGAAUUUCGGUUACGGCAUUUUAAAAGCCGUUCAAUACCAAGUAAAAGCGAAUAACAAAGAAAACUCCAAGAAAAACACAUUUAUGUACAGAUUCUCUGUAAACGGCGACAUCAAUAUAUUCAAAAUACUUUUGCAAAUAAAGUCAAACGGUGCAGCUCACGGUGAUGAGAUUUGUUAUCUAUUUGGAUGUCAUGCGAUAGAUUUUAUAAACAAAAUAGCUCUAAUAAUCAGAAACAGUUCAAAUGUGAAUUACAACACAAUCAUGCGUUUGGUUAAUAUAGUUACGAAUUUUGCACGAACUGGCAAUCCAUCAAUCGAAGGCGAUACUCCAUUCAAGCCAAUCCCAUCUCCGAACGAAAUUUUUGCUCAAGAUAUCACCAAUGAUUUAAAUACCACCUUGAUAAGUGAUGUGUUGCAAGAAUUACACUUUGAUACAUGGAAACAGAUUGAAGAAAUGUAUAACAAAAUAAAACAGAAUGCAUGAUGUCACUUUCUCAACAAGAACAAUCCAACCGACUUUACAGUUAUCGAAAAGCCUCGAGAUUAGAUUAAAAUUUCUUAUAUUUUUUUUUUUGUUCAGUUUAGAUAAAUAAAAUAUUUAGAUUUUUUUCCAAAUGUU